UUUCCUUUCCAAGAAAAACAAGCUUUGUCCUGUCAAAAUGGAUAUAAGGUUGUUUGAGUCUGCUCAGACUGGAAACGUCAUGGACUUGCACCAGUUACUGAGAGAAAAUCCUUUAAUCCUGCACACCAUCUCACUUUAUUCUUGCGAAAAUCCCUUACAUGUUGCUUCAGCUGCAGGGCAUGUUGGUUUUGUUCGAGAGAUUUUGGGACAAAGGCCCCAGUAUGCCAAAGAAGUAAAUAAAGAUGGUUUUAGCCCUCUUCAUAUUGCUGCUGCCAACGGACAUAUUGAGGUCGUACGGGAGCUGCUGAGUGUAGACCGGAAACUAUGCUGCCUAGAGGGAAGAGAGAAAAAGACUCCUCUCCAUCUUGCAGCUAUGAUAGGGAGGGUUGACGUAAUCACUGAAAUGCUUUUGAGUUGUGCAGAGUGUAUUGAAGGUGUGACAGUUCAAGGGGAGACUGCUCUACACCUUGCCACUAAGAACAGCCAGUUUGAGGCAGUCAAACUUAUGGUUGAUUGGAUUAUAGAGAUGAAGAAAGAAGGCGUCUUAAAUCUUAAGGAUGAGCAAGGCAAUACAGUUCUGCAUCUAGCAACCUGGAAAAAACAACGGCAGGCAAAUGAAGUUAGUAUAUACAUUAAUGUAACUGUAAGGCGCUGCUGGGAAGAAAGAAUCCGGAUUUCCUCAUCUGUCAAAACUGACCUUUUCUUGGUCAUAGAAUUAGUACUUGGCACUGGAACAACAGUUACUUCAGGCUUGCUGGAAGUAAAUGCAGUAAACCAAAGUGGUCUUACCGCCCUGGAUGUCCUACAGAUUUUUCCUAGUGAAGCCGGUGACAGAGAAAUUGCUGACAUUCUUCAACAUGCUGGAGCCGUGAGAGCUAGAGAUGUUAUGAUCUCUCCAACUUCUUCCUGCGAAUCUCCUAAUCAAACACCGCAGAGAUCACAAAGGCAGACAGAAAACUUGGUGGAGUAUUUCAAGUUUAAGAAGGGCAGAGACCCUCCCAGUGAAGCUCGCAGUGCUUUAUUAGUGAUAGCUGUUUUGGUGGCAACUGCCACGUUCCAGGUUGGACUCAGCCCUCCAGGCGGCACUUGGCAAGAUAAUAGUUCUCCAAACCAGAGCAAUGGUACCAGCAUCCAAAGUGCAUACUCUGCAGGGACCUCCAUCAUGGGAACCAGCAACGGAAUUGCUUUCGCACUAUUUGUGCUUUUCAACUCGAUAGGUUUUUCGAUGUCGCUUUUCAUGAUCAACAUCCUCACAAGCAAAUUCCCAUUGCAAUUUGAGCUUCAAAUUUGUAUGAUUGCAAUGUUUUUCACAUACAACACCGCGAUGGCUAGCACUGCACCUAGUAGCGUAAAGCUCUUCGUCAUCAUAAUUACGACAGUCUUGUCUUCGAUCACACCACUUCUAACCAGGUUGGUGAAACAACUACUAAAGCUGUUAAAAAAUCUUGUAGUAGACAUUAUCCACAAAGUGACUUGAAAAGU